AUGGAAAAAAAGCGUUGCAAUAACUUUACCGCAAAUGAAAUUGAUGUGUUGGUCAGUUUAGUCGAGAAAUUUAAAGAAAUUGUAGAAUGCAAGAAAACGGAUACGAUAACAAACAACGGGAAAGAAGCAGAGUGGAGGAAAAUAGAAAUACAAUUUAAUUCUAUUUGUGGGACAGGUAGAACUGCCAAAAUGCUAAGAAGCAAAUGGGACUCCUUAAAGAAAUCGAUAAAAAAGGAAUAUGCAGACUAUAAACAGAAAUUAUACAAAACAGGUGGUGGACCAAAAAGAGAUUUAGUCCUUAACAAUGCUAGUAAUCGCAUAUUAGCUAUAAUUGGCAUUGGGGCAACUGGAACAAUAUCACAAUUUGAUUCUGAUUUUGAUACAGAAAUUACUGUUGAAGAGGAAAAUGUUAUUCCUGAGGAAACAUUGGAAAUUAUUAAUAUUCAAAUUGAUAAAGAAUUUGAUGACUGUGAGAUUGAUGACUCAAAUGUAAAUCCAAUAGAACUGGCAAGCUGUAGUUGGAAAUCUUGGACCCCACAACAGAUUAGGCAGGCCAUGAGCCAACCAUUAAAAGUUUUAAAUGUUGUUGAUGCAGAGUGUAGUAAGGAAAACAUAGUUCCUGAAGAAAAAGAACCUGUCAACUCUGCUGAUACACCAAGAGGUUUUGCUAAUACUGGAAAGAGAAAAAGGUUCUAUAAGAAGGAAUCAAUUCCUUCGAAAAUAAAGAAACAACAGAGCUGUGAUUUAUAUGAAGAACUAGCAAAAAAAAAGAUUGAAUAUAUAGAUUUCCAAAUAAAUUUGUUAAAAGAAGAAGCUGAAAUGAAAGAAAAACGUCUUUCUGAAAAGCAUGCCUUAGAAAUCAAGAUAUUGAAUCAAGAACUAGAAAACAAAAAGAAGAUUUGA